AUGUUUAGCUGGCUCGGUGGUGAUUCUUCAAAGAAGAAGAACAAGGAAGUGUUAGAUUCGGUUAGUGAAGGACUGCGAAAGAUCUACAAACAGAAGCUCUACCCACUGGAGGAGCAUUACAAAUUCCAUGAAUUCCAUUCACCUGCUCUCGAUGAUCCCGAUUUCGAUGCCAAACCGAUGAUCCUCUUAGUAGGACAGUAUUCAACCGGUAAAACAACAUUCAUCAGAUAUCUCCUAGAAGAGGAUUUCCCUGGUAUUCGUAUCGGUCCCGAGCCUACCACUGACAGAUUCAUUGCUGUAAUGCAUGGAGAUGAAGAAGGAGUGAUCCCUGGAAAUGCUUUGGUGGUUGAUGCUAAGAAACAGUUCCGAGCUUUGAGCGGGUAG